AUGCCAGAAAUUAGAAGUGUGUUAUUAAUAGGAAAAGCCGGCAACGGAAAAUCUACCUUAGCAAAUGUUAUUACUGGAACCGAUGGGUUUAAUGAAAGCACAAGUCGCAUUCGCGGAACCACAGAAGUAAAAUCUUUGGUAUUCGAACACGAAGGGAUAGAAUAUCGUAUUUUUGAUACUGUGGGAAUUGGAGAUCCUAUCAAGCCAAUAGAAGAAAUAUUAAGUAAAUUAGGAGAUGAAGCUGAUAUUAUUGGUGAAGGUUUAAAUCAAAUAUUAUUUGUGACGAGAGGCCGUUUUACUAAGGAGGAAGUUGAGGCUUUUAAAUUGCUGAAGAAUAUCAUUUUUGAUGAGCAAGUAACUGGUUAUACGACUAUUGUUUGCACUGAUUUUCCGGACUUCGAAAAUGAUGAAGCCUGUGAAAAAGACCGCCAAUCAUUUCGAGAGGAAAUCAAAAAUCUUUCAACCGAACUUGCUUCAACUAACAUUAUAUACGUAGACAAUCCACCAAUAAAAGGUCGUUAUAAGUUAUUGAGUAAAGAUUCACGAGAAGCAUCUCGCAGAAUAUUACUGGAACACUUGAAAACUUGUCAGGAAAUUUACCGGCCUGAACUGCUUGCCAAAUUUAGUCAAAUGAUUGGUGAAUUCAAUUCAAUUAUAGAAGAUACCAAUAAAGCGAUUGAUAUCACCGAUUCACUACUUAUUGAAAUAAUCUAUUAUUUAAGUAAAUUCCUUUCUGAACGAGAAAGAAUUAUCAAGGUGAUUGAAGAAAGCAGAAAAACAUUAAAAGAAUAUAUGGAAAACCGAUUUACAGCUAAUACUGUAGGUAAUACUGGUAUAUUGGCAGGUAAAUUUUUGGCAAUUGCGGGAAUAUGGUUCCCACUCGCUUUGGUGCCAGGUGCUAUUCUAUCAGUUGGUGGUUGGCUGAGUGCGACUAGCACUGAUUCUAUUGCAAUAGUAAAGGAGGAUGAAGCAUAUAAAUUAUUCGAAGAAAGCCUUAUUAAAGAUAAAGAAAAAUGCGAAGCAUUAGAAAAUUUCCAAAUAGAAUUAAAGAAAUCUUUAACAAGAUUUAAAGAUAUAUGUCCUCGUUUUAAGGAUUCAAAAUACAAGAAACAAAAAAUUGAUAGAAAAAAAAUUGUCGCAAUUAAAAACGUACUAGAAAGAAUGACGGGUGAAGAAGUUGAAACGGAUGUAAACUUAAGAAGAAUCGAAGAAGUUUGUCAUUCUACCGGCUUCAAAAUAGGUAGAGCCGCUUUGGAAGCUAUUUGUAAACUUGUACCUUCCCCUAUAUCACUUUAUUUUAUUUAUCGUGAUUUCAAAGAAGUGGACCAGCGUGCCUCUUUGAGUGAUAUGGAAAAUACAAUUAACAAUUGGAAAGAAGAGUUAGAAACUUUAAAAGAAAAAAAACAAUUAUUGGAGAAGGAAUAUCAGAAUGUUGUAUUAUGCAAAGAAGAAAUGGCAAAAAUAUUAUCAAAUGUUGAAGACGCAAACUUUCCUUUUAAUUUAACGGACUAA